AUGUGUUCACUUCUGAAGAGCUAUGUUUGCCGGACACCUGCCAAAGCGGUUCUCGGCAUUGGAAAACACGGUGAAGAGGAACUCGGUUAUAAACUGUCUUCUGGACACCGGAUACACGAUAGCUUCCUCUUUGCUGUUCAGGAUUCUGUUUCGUGCAAAUACGGUCCCCUCUACGAUUUUCAUAGGCCGCGGCAAUUCAGAGGCGUAUACCGGGGCAGGCUCAAACUCGAAGUGCCCAUUGAUAUGCAACAAGGGCGGUGAGUCGGACCGUCACAAGCAAAACAAACGGUAGACAAGGCAGACAAUCGUACUGCGGACAGAGACAAGCGAUAUGUGUAGACGCCUGCGUUUUAAUGCGCCUUGGGGACAACGUGACCGCAGCCGAGGUUCGCAAUGUCGACAUAGCAAUCGCACCGUCCGUCCACGCUGCCGAAUGGCCACGUCACAUGGCGUGAUCGUGUUCUGACUGGUUGGAAUUCCCGUUGGGCAAAGCCCCUUAGGCAGCGCAUUACUAGUCGCUUUCAAAGCAAAUAGCAAUUCAAAAACAACCUUAAGAAAAAGUAGUUGCGUAUUAAUUAUUAGUACGUUUCGGAGCGUCCUAAUAGGUUAAAUAAAAAACUUGGAUGGUUAUUGACUUCCUCAUAUAAAGCCGUGAGCAAAAGUUUGUGGACACGAAUAAUAUAAGCGAGCUUAACAAAAAACCAUGUUCAUAUAUGACGCAUGUAGAGAGACUAUUUGUCCAUGCACGCAUGCCAAGAAAAGUCCUGUGUGUGAUCAGUGAAAGUAGUUAGCAGUAUGCAGACAUCCGACUAGGCCACCGAUAUUUUCAGCCCAAACUAUACCUAAUAUCUCUUCUUGGAUAUACUCAAGACAUACCUAGGUGGAAAAGGUAAACGAGACGUUGGAAAACCGCAAGUGUAGAGCAAUCAAAGAUCUACCUCUCACGCCAUGAGAACCCAAAAGACACUACUAAGGAGGUAUAGUAGCUAAGAGCGCGCUUGAAACCAGCCUAGGGAGGUUCCGUCAACACCUCAUGCUACAUGUUCUCUUUCCGCUGUGAAUUCAGGUAAAGAACGAUUCCCUCGUAAACGCAGCAAUCAAACUCUUGUGUGGGUGUGUGUGUGUGUGUGUGUGUGUGUGGGGUGUAGGGGUGUCCAGCGGUGUGUUCACGUGAUGGUCGUAGUGGUCGCUCACUUGCUUGCAGGUGAGACUACGCCUAGCGUCCAUUUGCUGGCACCUAACUCUCACCUGUGGCUCCACGUAGCUGGGCUCUGCUCAGCGGCCACACCCCGGGCAACCGUCUCGACCGGCGGGCUAAACCAGGUGAGGGUAUCCGUGCGUGCACCUGCACGCGCGGUACUGUGGUCUGCGCUGGCCGGGUGGAUCUUCGCGUCGACAUCGUCGAGACGAGGCUCUGCCUGGACCAUCGUAGGCGGCCACCAGGUAAGUUUCCCUUCAGGUAAGUGCGCUUGCUUUGUUUCUUCCUUUUGUUUGUUGAAGUUCCGCGUCGUACGCUGUGCUUGCUGCCUGCCCUUUAUAUGCUAGUCUGUCUGUUAAUAGCUAAACGACUCCCUCGAUGCCUGCUGCGAUUGUCUGUCCGUCAGUCUAUGCCACUCUCUACUAAUAGCUAGGUGUUACGGUGCCUGACUUUGUGUGGUGCCCUCACUUUGCUUCUAACUGGUGACUGUGUCCGCUUGUCCACUCUAGUUCUAAGUCCCAUAGCGUUAGGUAGUGUGUAUGCUCUCUCCUACUUCACUCCAUCACAUCAUCACCUCACCACCAAGGUCCCAGGCUAAUUCGGGUCGUCCUCUCACUAACAAAAAGUCGUGGCCCAUAGUGAAGUCCGGCAGCCGUCUGGGAUAACCGGGCAGCCCUGUUCAGGGAUGUGUUGCCUGCCCCCGCGAGGGGGAAGGGGCUAGAAAAGGUGCCCUAAAGAUCGCUGGGAACCACGCUGUCUGUAGGCUGGCCGUGGCCGCAGACAAAAAACACACGGUCGAAACAGCCAAAACCGAAACAACAACAACAACAAUCACUCUCUUCCUCUUCCAGCCUAUUCUUCUUCUUCUUCUUCUUCUUCUUCUUCUCCUACUCCUACUUUUCGCCGCCGCAGUCGCCAGACUGGCAGGGUGAGCCCGCUCAAUCUGGCAGCCUGGAAUGUUCGUUCCCUUUUAGACAAUCCGAGGAGCAACCGACCGGAACGGAGGACGGCGCUAGUGGCACGAGAACUGGCGUGCUACAAGGUGGACAUCGCCGCACUCAGCGAGACCCGAUUCUCCGAACAAGGCCAACUGGAGGAGGUGGGUGCCGGCUACACCUUCUUCUGGAGUGGUCGACCCAAGGCAGAGAGACGAGACGCGGGUGUCGCCUUCGCCAUCCGGACCGACAUCGUGGGACGACUGCCCUGUUUGCCGCAGGGAAUCAACGACCGCCUAAUGAGCCUCCGUCUGCCCCUCCGGCGAGGAGGCAAGUUCGCCACCAUCAUCAGCGCCUACGCUCCGCCGAUGACCAGCCCCGACGCCGUCAAAGACAAAUUCUACGAGGACCUGCACGCCCACCUGGCGACUGUGUCGAAGGCGGACAAGUUGAUUGUCCUUGGUGACUUCAACGCCCGCGUCGGCACAGACCAUACUGCCUGGAGGGGAGUGCUGGGUCCCCACGGCCUCCGCGGCUCCAACGACAACGGCCUGCUUCUCCUCCGCACCUGCGCAGAACACCGCCUCAUCCUGACGAAUACCUUCUUCUGCCUGCCGGAGCGAGAGAAGGCCACCUGGAAGCAUCCUCGGUCGCGUCAGUGGCACCUACUGGACUAUGUCCUCGUCCGGAGGCGAGAUCAGCGGGACGUGCUGGUGACGAAAGCGAUCGCGGGUGCUGACGGGUGGACCGACCAUCGCCUCGUCAUCUCGAAGAUGCGUAUUCGCCUACAGCCUCGCAGGAGACCACAAGGUAAUCGACCCCCAGGUAAGCUGAAUUUUGCUUUGUUGUCUUUGCCUGCUCACCGUCUCCAUUUCAGCAAUGAGCUAGCUCAACGGCUAGACAACCUUCCUAUCGCUGCCGCCGCCAACGUCGCCGCCGCCGCUGCCGAGAACGCCUCCGUGGAGAACCGCUGGUGUCAACUGCGAGACACGGUCCAGUCGACGGCGCUCGCCGUCCUCGGUCGCGCUCCCCACCAACACCAGGACUGGUUCGACGACAACGACGCCGCCAUCAGAAAUCUGCUUGCUGAGAAGAACCGCCUACACAAAGCCUACGUAGAUCACCCCACUGAUGCCACCAAAGCUGCCUUCUACCGCAGUCGCCGCCAGAUCCAGCAACGACUGCGCGAGAUGCAGGACGCCUGGACUGCUCGCAAAGAUGAGGAGAUCCAAGGCUACGCGGACCGUAACGAAUGGAAGAACUUCUUCUCUUCGAUCAAAGCUGUCUACGGUCCGCCGACGAAGGGCACUGCUCCUCUUCUCAGCGCCGACGGCAGUACUCUUUUGACUGAAAAGACGCAAAUCCUGCAGUUAUGGGCCGAGCACUUCCGAGGCGUCCUUAACCGCCCUUCCGUCAUCUCCGACGCCGCCAUCGCCCGCUUGCCUCAAGUGGAGACCAACGCGGACCUCGACCUCCCGCCAUCUCUCCAGGAAAAGAUCAGGGCCGUGCAGCAGCUCUCCAGCGGGAAAGCACCCGGAUCGGACGCAAUCCCUGCUGAGGUCUACAAGCACGGAGGUCCCCUACUGAUGGAUCACCUGACUGCGCUCUUCCAGGAGAUGUGGCGUCAAGGUGAAGUCCCGCAAGAUUUCAAGGACGCAACUAUCGUGCACCUAUACAAGCGCAAAGGGAAUCGCCAAGUCUGCGACAACCACCACGGCAUCUCCCUACUGAACAUCGGCGGGAAGAUCUUCGCUCGCAUCCUGCUCAACCGCCUCAACAACCAUCUGGAACAGGGCCUUCUGCCGGAAAGCCAAUGCGGCUUCCGUCGUCAUCGUGGGACCACGGAUAUGAUCUUCGCAGCCCUCCAACUUCAGGAGAAGUGCCAGGAGAUGCGGAUCCACCUGUACUCUACCUUCGUGGACCUGACGAAGGCCUUCGACACGGUGAAUCGUGAAGGACUGUGGAAGAUCAUGCAGAAAUUCGGCUGUCCGGAGCGAUUCACUCAGAUGGUGCGUCAGCUGCACGACGGUAUGAUGGCGCGAGUCACGGACAACGGCGCUGUCUCAGAGGCAUUCGCAGUGACCGACGGAGUGAAGCAGGGCUGUGUGCUGGCACCAACCCUCUUCAGUCUUAUGUUCUCUGCCAUGUUGAUGGACGCCUACCGCGACGAACGCCCUGGAAUCCGCAUCGCCUAUAGAACGGACGGUCAUCUCUUGAAUCAACGGCGAAUGCACUUCCAAUCGCGUGUAUCCACGGCCACCGUGCACGAACUCCUCUUCGCCGACGACUGCGCCCUGAACACCACCUCGGAAGAGGAGAUGCAACGGAGCAUGGACCUAUUCUCCGCCGCCUGCGAGAACUUUGGGCUGGUUAUCAACACGCAGAAGACGGUGGUGAUGCAUCAACCGCCACCCCACUCAGUCACAGCCCCCAACGCGCCGCCGCAAAUCAACGUGAAUGGGACUCAACUGCAAGUGGUGGAGAACUUCCCGUACCUGGGCAGCACCCUCUCACGCAGCACGAAGAUUGAUGACGAAGUCGCCAACAGGAUCUCGAAAGCCAGUCAAGCCUUCGGUCGCCUCCAAAGCACAGUUUGGAAUCGUCAUGGUCUCCAACUGAGCACAAAGCUGAAGAUGUACAAGGCCGUCAUCCUGCCGACGCUACUGUAUGGGGCGGAGACUUGGACGGUGUACACGAGACAGGCACGCCGACUGAAUCACUUCCAUCUCAGUUGUCUUCGUCGCAUCCUGAGGCUGAACUGGCAGGAUCGAAUCCCCGACACGGAAGUACUGGAGCGAACGGGAAUUCUCAGCAUCUACGCCAUACUGAAACAAAUGCAGCUGCGCUGGAGCGGCCACCUGGUGCGCAUGGAUGACGAGCGACUACCCAAACGACUCUUCUACGGAGACGUCGAGACGGGUUCUCGCCGUCAAGGAGGCCAGAUUCGCCGAUACAAGGAUACCCUGAAGUCCUCCCUGAAGCGCCUGCAAAUCAACCCGACCAACUGGGAAGAGCUCGCUCGCGAUCGCCCGAUAUGGAGGAGAACAGUGAAGACGGGCGCUGCUAUCUACGGAGCCAACCGAAUCGCCGCCGCCAAAGCGAAACGCGAAGCCCGCAAAUCACAACUUCGCCCAGUCCGCAACGCCGCCGCACAACCUCUCACUACGUGUCCUCGAUGCCACCGGACAUUCCGGGCACGAAUCGGACUUGUUGGAUAUCUUCGGAUCAACUGCACCUCUCGAACUGCUCCAGCCAUCGUCACCCCGCCCGCCUCUUCCUCGUCCUCUCUGCCGCCGACUAACUCUGACACUCCUCCUGCACCACCACUUCCAUCCUCCUCGUCCUCCUCCCUCUCCACUGCCCCAGCGGCGGCCGUUCAGACUGCUGUCUCACACAUCACCAACACUAACACAACAACCAACAUCACCUCUCCCACCUCUCCCGAUACUACUGAUGAGGAUCAGGAUUACACCUGCCCUCACUAUGACCGCACCUUCACCUCACACAUCGGCCUGGUCGGUCACUUGCGAAUCCAUCGCACAGAGACUGGCGAACCAGUGCCUGGAGCACCAACCUACACCCACCGCACUCGCCUCCACUGCCCACACUGCCCUCGCACCUUCCGGCAUCGCAUGGGUCUAUUCGGCCACAUGCGCAUCCACGAGAGCGGAAUUGACCGCAGCCUUGACACACCCACCCCGCCAAGCCCCACUCCCAAUCCACCGCCUUGUGCACCCACUAACCACUCCCCUGCAGACAUCGACGACAACGUCCUUACAACCCCUCACUCCUCCCCUUCCUCCUCCUCUUCCUCCAUCACUGCCACAACGACGGCCGCUUCGGAGUCUGUCGCCCACGACCUCACCACAGCCGAACCUGACACAACAACAGGCACAACCCCUGCAACCUCCAUCAUCAGACGUGAGGGCCAGGACUACAUCUGCCCUCACUGCGAUCGCACCUUCACUUCACGCAUCGGCCUGGUCGGUCACUUGCGAAUCCAUCUCACAGAGACUGGCGAACCAGUGCCUGGAGCACCAACCUACACCCACCGCACUCGCCUUCACUGCCCACACUGCCCUCGCACCUUCACGCAUUGCAUGGGUCUAUUCGGCCACAUGCGCAUCCACGACGACCUGCGGUAG